AUGUCGGGAGCGAGGGUUAGUGACCUCAUUUUCGACAUUGUCUACCCAAGCUCGAGGAUCGCGUUUGCGGAGCGCCAUCUCCUCAAACCAAAAUUCAUUAUCAAACCCGUAGGCAGCCAAUCCGUGUCAAGGCUGUGUUUCUCAACGUCACGCCAAGUACGAGCCUCGAAUCAGGUUUACGCCUCCGUUCGCAACCUCGACCAGUUCCACACUUACCAGCUCCUGUCUUCUUCCUCACGGACACCGCUGCUGACCCUUUGGACGACCUCGUGGUGCUCCACCUGCCGCAUCGUGGAACCCCUGAUCCAAGAGCUUGUCAAGUCUGGCGUUGGUGAGGCCGAGGGUGGCGUGGGCUACUGCACCGUCGAGUUUGACGCCCCAGAUGUCAUGUCGGCCGGGCUAGGUCUUACCUACAUGAUCAACUCUAUCCCGACAUUACUGAGUUUUGACGCGGGGGAAGCGCAGGUGCAAACCAAGGUCUCUGACGGGAGGAAACUGGCAGACCGGCAGUUCCUCGAGGAAUGGAUCAGGAACGAGGCGAAACGGCAGGGUAACCGUGGGGGUGGCGGACCAAGUGGCGGGUCCAACCUUCUUGGUAGCAUUUUCGGUAGACGAUCAUGA